GUCCAGCUUCUGUGCUUUUGGUGGGGGAAGGGUGUGCUGUGCCUGGGAGCUGCCCCAGGUGGGCAAGACUGGAGGGGCUCUGCUCACAUUGUGUCUGCCAGGACCCAUCACUGCUUCUGGCCAUCACUAUCAUUGGGGUCACGGUUUUCCUGUUGGCCCUGAAAAGCAUGAAUUCCAGGAGGAGAAAUCUUAUCACCUUAAAGGACCCUGAAGCCAAGUACCCACUGCCCUUGAUUGAGAAAGAGAAAAUCAACCAUAACACCAGGAGAUUCCGCUUUGGACUGCCCUCACCAGACCAUGUCUUAGGGCUUCCUGUAGGUAACUAUGUCCAGCUUUUGGCCAAAAUUGACAAUGAGUUGGUGGUCAGGGCUUACACACCUGUCUCCAGUGAUGACGACCAAGGCUUUGUAGACUUAAUUAUAAAGAUCUACUUCAAAAAUGUACACUCCCAUUAUCCUGAAGGGGGGAAGAUGACUCAGUACUUGGAAAACAUGAAAAUCGGGGACACCAUCUUUUUUCGAGGGCCAAAGGGUCGCCUGUUCUACUGUGGGCCAGGGAAUCUCGAGGUCAGACCAGACAAAACAAGUGAGCCUGAAAAAAAACUGGUCCAUCACCUGGGAAUGAUUGCUGGGGGCACAGGAAUUACACCCAUGCUGCAGCUCAUUCGCCACAUCACCAAGAACCCCAGUGACAAGACCAAGAUGUCCCUCAUCUUUGCCAACCAGACGGAGGAGGAUAUUUUGCUGAGAAAGGAGCUUGAAGAAAUUGCCAGUACUUACCCAGACCAGUUCAGCCUGUGGUACACCCUGGACAGGCCUCCCGUUGGCUGGCAGUACAGCUCAGGCUUCAUUACUGACGACAUGAUCAAGGAACACCUUCCUCCUCCUGGGCAGUCUGUACUCAUCCUAGUGUGUGGCCCACCACCCCUGAUCCAGACAGCCGCUCACCCUAACUUGAAGAAGCUGGGUUAUACCAAGGACAUGAUUUUCACCUACUAACACCUCCCAUGUGCUUAACAGAUUUGCCUGGUUCCUUUUAUCUGUUUCAACUUCACCACAUUAAACUAGGGUGUUUCCAAAAGUGCCUCACAGUGCACCCUAGGGCACACACUGGCUCUCCUCUCUUUGGGGCAUGGGCCUGAGAAGAAGAGCUCAAGGGGCUGGAGACAGUGGCUUCUGAGGCCUCCUUGCUUGGAGCCUGGAAAGAGCAAUACUUCAGUAUAUUUCUACGUGGUUUAGUGAAAUAAACUUAAGUACAAAGCACAUAGCC